UCUUGUUUUUCUUGUUACUGGUACUUGCCUUACAGUUCAAUAAUCCUCUAAUAUUGUUAAACCCUUUAACCCAAUUUGCAAAUUACAUAAAUACCCAGUUCAAGAUUGAAGCUCUAUUAGACUCAAUUUGCAAUUACAGAAAUAUCCACUUCAAGAUUGAAGCUCAAAUAGACUCAAUUUACAUAUUCUAGAAAUACCCAGUUCAAGAUUUGAAGCAUUGAAUCCUCCAACAUUGUUAAACUCUUAGCCCAAUUUUACAAAUUACAGAAAUAGCCACUUCAAGAUUGAGUAUCUUCAAACCCAUUUUCUUGUUAUUGGUUCUUAUCUUAUAGUUCAAUCCUCUAACAUUUCUACAAUUACAGAUAAACCCAGUUCAAGAUUGAGAAAGAUACAUUGCUGUAUUUUGUACAAAAAAUUACAAAUUUGAGGGGUUUUUAGUGAAAUGUCGGGUCAUAAAAAGCCCGAUUUUGAUUCUUUAGCUGAUCGGUUGAGAAACUCGUUAAGUUGUAAUGAAGAAAAGACCGAUAAUAAACCCGAUUUUCGUGAAUUGGAUCUGGGUUCACCCGUUUCACCAUUAUUGACCCGAAUUAGUGGGUUAAGUUCAACUACUACUACUACUACGAGUAGUAGUUCUAGUUCAUCUGGAUCGGGUUCGGGUCGGGUUCUAUCUUGUUCGGGUCAAAGAAAGUCCGAUUCAAGUCAUUCAGGUGAGCUUUCAGGUUCUUCUGGAUCAAUAUCGGUUCGAAAUGUGUCUUAUUCGGGUCAAAGAAAGUCUGAUUCGGGUCACUCAGGUGAGCUUUCAGGUUCUUGUGGAUCAAUAUCGGGUCGAAAUGUGUCUUAUUCGGGUCCAAGAAAAUCCGAUUCAAGUCAUUCUGGUGAGCUUUCGGGUUCAUCUGGAUCAGUUUCGGGUCGGAAUGUGUCUUAUUCGGGUCAUUCCGGUGAGAUUUCGGGUCCGGGUCAUGCCCGACCCGAUUCAGGAACCAGCUCCGUUACCUCACCGGUCGUAAAUGCGCUUCCUACAGGUAAUAUUUGCCGGUCUGGUAAUGUUGUGAAAACCGGUAUGGCUAGUAAACCUAAAAGAACCGAUGUUGUCGGGUCAGGAACGGGUAAUUAUGGCCACGGUAGCAUAAUGCGUGGCGGGCCCGGUCCCCGUGUUGCCUCUCCAAACAGGCCCGGGCCCAGCAUUGCCUCUCCGAACAGGCCUGGGCCCGGCAUUGCAUCUCCGAAAUCCAGUGGGCCCGGGCCCUGUGGCGUUUCCGGUGGAUUAAUGGUUGGAGGAGGGGAGGCAGUAAAAAGAGGAAUAUUGAGAAAUGAUCCGGAGGAGUUGAAGAGAAUAGGGAAUGAGAAUUACAAGAAGGGUAAUUUUGUUGAAGCUUUGAAUCUUUAUGAUAAAGCUAUAGCGAUUUCGCCGGGCAAUGCUGCAUUGCAUUGUAAUCGAGCUGCUGCGUUGAUUGGUCUGAAGAGAUUAGGGGAAGCAGUGAGGGAAUGUGAAGAAGCGAUUCGGUUGGAUCCAUCGUAUGUUAGAGCACACCAACGGUUAGGAUCUUUGUUACUUAGUUUAGGACAGGUCGAAAGUGCAAGGAGUCACUUUUUUUCCCUUGGUCAUAAGCCAGAUCAAGCCGAGUUACAGAAGUUGCAAGCAGUGGAGAAACAUAUCAGUGAAUGCACUGCUGCCCGGAAACUUGGAGAUUGGACGAGUACAUUAAAAGAAGCCGAGGCAGCAACUGCUGGAGCCGAGGCAUCUCCUCAGCUAUUUGCAUGUAGAGCGGAAGCUUAUUUGAAGCUACACCAAUUAGAGGAUGCGGAAUUGUGCCUAUCUAAAGUUGGGAAGUAUGAACCAUCUGCAGCAGCAAGCCAGUCAAAGAUUUUUGGGAUGCUCGCUGAAGCAUACAUAUUCUUUGUUCAAGCUCAGAUUGAGAUGGCUCUUGGAAGGUUUGAAAAUGCACUUACCGCCAUUGAGAGAGCUGCACAAGUUGACCCUCGAAGUGCUGAAGUUUCUCUUUUACUAAAAAACGUGAGGCUGGUGGGGCGAGCUCGAGCUCGUGGCAACGAUUUAUUUAAAUCUGAAAGAUAUACAGAAGCUUGUGCUGCUUAUGGUGAAGGGCUCGGGCUUGGUUCUUUGAAUCCAGUUCUCUACUGCAAUAGAGCAGCUUGCUGGUAUAAACUCGAACAGUGGGAAAAAUCUCUGGAUGAUUGCAACCAAGCUCUCCUUAUUCAGCCAAAUUAUACUAAAGCUCUUCUUCGAAGAGCUGCCUCAAAUGCCAAGCUAGAAAGAUGGGCUGAAGCGGUGAGAGAUUACGAGGUUUUACGGAGGGAACUUCCAUAUGACAAUGAGGUUGCUGAAUCAUUAUUCCAUGCCCAAGUUGCAUUGAAAAAGUCACGCGGAGAAGAUGUAAGCAAUAUGAAAUUUGGUGGGGAGGUGGAGUUGGUUUCAGGUCUUGAGCAGUUCCGGGCUGCGAUUUCGUCAUCCGGUGCAUCUGUGGUCCAUUUUAAAGCAGCAUCCAACCUACAAUGCAAGCAGAUAUCCCCAUUCUUGGACACCUUAUGCACCAAAUUUCCUUUAAUAAGUUUUCUCAAGGUGGAUGUGGAAGAGAGCCCAGCGAUCGCUACAGCAGAGAACGUUAGAACAGUACCAACAUUUAAAAUUUACAAGAAUGGCAGCCGCGUGAAGGAGAUGGUUCGCCCUAGUCCAGAGGUGUUGGAGUCCUCGGUUAGGCAUUACAGUAUGUAAGAGCACAAUUGCCAUUUCGUUGUGCUUCUUUGCCUAUUACCUUGCAUUCUCUUGCCAUUCCAAUUACCUGAUUACUCCACUCCCAUCUAGAAAGAAUUUAUAUACAUAUACAUGUGACAUAAUCAGAGCUACCACAUAAUGCUUGUACAAUGAGCCGAUGCAGCCAUGCUUUUGUGGUCUUCAGAGGGAAAUGUAGUCUCUUUUUUUACCCUCAUUUAUUCAUUCAUUCAUUCCUCAUUUCUGUGUUCCGACUGCUUUUCCCGUCUCCGGUACUCUUCCAUUCUUUACUUUUUAAGAUUUUUAGCAUAAUCCAUCUGCAGUUGUGAGGAGUAGCAAACAUUGUAGAAUUGGUUGUAUGGAAAUGUAGCUGAACAGUUAGAAAGAAGAGAAGUAGCUGGACUCGCUGGAGUUAGAUAAGGAUCAUAGCAUGUAUAUAUGUGAUCAUAUACACAAACUAUUGAAGGCCAAGGAAGGGAUAUUAUUGGAUGUCUGGUGGGUAGUUACUGGAUUAGUGAAGAAGGAUGAAUAAUGAUGUAAUUUGAUAUGGAUGUUCCUUAGCUCUCAAUCAUUCUAUCAAUAAAAGUUUCAUUUUCCCCUAUUCCUUUGUCUUUUCUUGUCUAUUUUUUGCGUAUCAAUGGACGCGCAUUAGAAACUCGGUGAAUAAUGGGUUUGCCCCUCAAGUAGUUUAUAAGUGAUGUUUGGUUCUUGAUA